AUGAAAUUCCAUCGAAAUAUCUUGUUCUUUUCAGAUUAUAUUAUCAGCGUGGCGAAAACAUCUCAAUUUAUACUACAAUGUAGUCAAUCGGGUCGAUGGUUUCUUCUUUUUUAUAGUCAUGCAUUAGUUUAUAUAUUUUCAACGAUAAAAUCUGUUAAUUCUUUGACAUAUUUAUUAUUCAUAUGGAUGUUUCUACAAUAUCAAAUAGCUAUUUUUCUUGUUUCUUCCAUUCGUCCACCUUCUCUAACAGCAACAAGUAAAUGUCCAAUAUGUUUAUAUCAUUUUUCAAAUCGAUAUCAUCAUUGUUUUUUUGUUAAUCGUUGUAUUGCAACAUGUAAUGUACAUUGUUUUCUUUCAUUUACAUUCUAUGCUACAAUUUCAACAUUAAUAUGUUUUUAUAUAUUUUUAAAUCAAUAUUUUUAUGUAACAUCCGUUAGUUUAUAUUGUCUUUGUCCGUUCGGAGAAUUUUUAUGUCAUAGUCUAACAUGGAAACAAAGUGGUAUGGUUAUGUUGACACGAUCAACAUUAAUGUCAGCUGGAUGUGCAGGAGCUAUGGGUAUUCACGUAGCAAAAGAACAUUAUUAUGAUAAAACAGAUAGAUCAAGAUCGAUAUGGCGUGAAAUCUUUAAGAUUUUAUUACCAGCUUUUAGUGUUAUUCAAUGUGAUUAA